AAUGAAAUUCGUCGUGGUCUUGAUUUGUCUGGCUCUCUUUGUGGUCUACGCUGAGGCUCAGAACUGUCGUGGAAAAUUGGCUCCGCGUCAACAGAAUUGCCUUGCUAGCCGGGAUGAGGGCCGCCGGCGUGCUCGUUCUUGUCGUAGGAGCCCUAAUAAAAAUAUGUGGUACUAUAAUGCAAGUAGUCGCACCUGUAUGCGUAUGAAUUAUCGUGGUUGCGGUGGAAAUGGGAACCGUUAUUGCACCAAGGCUGAAUGUGAGCAAAAGUGUGUUAGGCGCUCAUCCUAA